AUGUCGGAUGGUGAAACAGAUCCUCCUCAACCUCAAGGCCUCGAAGCUAAACUCGCCCAAUUAACUGACUUGGUCCUGCAGCUUGCCGCUUCCCAAUCUUCACCGACGGUCCAAUCCGCCUCCCGGUUCUCUUUUGAUGCUUUCUCUACAACGUCUCAAGAACAUAUAGAGGAUUACUUUGACAGGUUCGAACUCAAAUUGAACUUAUGCCAUGUGCCUAAAACUCAAUGGGUAAACCAGGCCCGGGUGCACAUGGGCCCCGAGUUAAAUGCAUCAUUAAAUGCUCUUUGUUUUCCUGUCCUUCCUAGCUCGCCUGACUUUGCAUCACUCAGAAACAAGCUCAUUUCUCACUAUGCCAAAUCGCGUAACAAAUUUAGUGAAGCCAUCACCUUCCGGAAGAUUCAUCAGCACGCUGAUGAGUCUAUAUCAGAUUUUGUGUCUCGCCUCAAGACCGGUGCGCGAUAUUGUGAGUUUGGCGACUUCCUAGAUUACUCGCUUAGUAUUCAGUUCAUCCACGGCCUGUUUAUCGAUGACAUCCGCGAGGAAAUUGUAACGAAGCAACCUGCCAACUUCGAUGCUGCUGUCGCUGUGGCGACUAACCUCAAAUCUUCUUUUCAAGCCUCUGCCAUCCUCAAGCCCACUUCUGUCCAACACUCAACCACUAUCAGCAAGUUUUCACAUGAAACUAGACCCAAACUCAAGAAAAACUCAGGAAACUAUCGGAGCCGCAGUCAUCCUCACAGUAAGAACUCACACCGCAGCCCUUCUCUCAGUAAGAAUUCUCAUCGCAAUCCUUCUCACAGUAAGAACACAAACUCUUGUUUAUCUUGUGGAGGUUCUUAUAACCGCAGUACAUGUAAAUUUUAUAAUGCUGUCUGUAAUUACUGUAAAAUCCGAGGUCACCUUGUCAAUGCAUGUAAGAAGAAAAAGUACUUUAAUGGUAAAGAAGUUCAUGAUAAUACCAGAAACAAUUCUGAUAAUUCUAAAGUUCAUGAUUUUCGUCCCGAUUCUGAUACUUAUUAUCUGCAACAUCAAUUUAAAUCGAUCUCUGGUGGCAGUCCACCAAUUUUGCUCGAUGUCCUCAUCAAUGGUAAAUUACUCCGUAUGGAGCUUGACAAAGGUGGUCCCUGUAGCCUUAUCAGUCAUAGCACGCUCCAAAAAUUAUUACCUCGUGCCAGAAUGACUAAAAUUAAUGAAAGUUUCACCUCUUACACUCAAACUAAGUUCAACUGUAUAGGUUACAUUUGGGCUAAAGUGACUUUCAGGAAUCGUACUGAGUACCUCAAAUUAUUCAUCACAGAUAUCCCUGGCGAUAACAUUUUUGGUCGUCAAUGA